AAAUUUUUCAUAAUGAAGAAAGCACAACUUGGAUCACCAAAUGACAACAAUACAUCAAACAAUAAAAAGAUAACAACAUUUCGUAAAGUGUUUCCACAAUUAUUUGCAGUAUCUGCAAAAAAUUUAUUAAUGUUAACAUAUGGAUUAACAAUUGGUAUACCAACAAUUGCAAUACCAGCAUUAAGUGGUGAUACAAGUAAACGAAGUAGUGAUGAAUUAAUAUUAAGUAAAGAACAGAUAUCAUGGAUAAGUUCUAUAAAUUAUAUAAUGGUUCCUAUUGGAUGUGCUUUAAGUGGUGUUUGUACACAGCCAUUAGGUAGAAAAAAAUCAAUGUUACUUAUAAAUAUACCAUUUAUAGUUGCGUGGUUAGUAUUACAUUAUGGACGUCAAGUUGAAUUUUUAUAUUUAGGAUUUGCUUUAACUGGUUUUACGGGUGGAUUUCUUGAAGCACCGGUACUAACAUACGUUGCGGAAAUAACUCAACCACAUUUACGUGGAAUGUUAGCGGCAACGAGCUCAAUGAGUGUGAUAUUUGGAAUUUUUAUCCAAUUUUUAUUAGGUACAUUUCUAAAUUGGCGAACAAUAUGUUUGAUAAACAUAUCAUCACCAAUAAUUGCAAUUAUAUCAUUAACAUUUAUACCAGAGAGUCCACAUUGGCUAAUAUUAAAACAUCGUUAUGACGAUGCAAAAGCUUCCUUAUGUUGGCUUCGUGGCUGGUGUGAAGUAGAUCAAAUCAUGGAUGAAUACAAUGAAAUCUACAUGACUGUACAUAAAGUUGAACCGAACGAUAAAACGCCACAAAACGAUGCCACACAAAAAACCGUAUCUAGAUUUAAUUUGUCCGAUUAUGGAAAGCGGACAUUCUUAUUGCCAUACUUUUUAGUAAGUUUCUCAUUUUGUUUGGGUCAUUUCUCUGGAAUGACAACUUUACAAACAUACGCCGUGAAAAUAUUCGAUACACUAAAAGCUCCUAUCGAUAAAUAUUAUGCGACUUUAAUAUUAGGUAUUGUAGAAUUAGUUGGCUCUUUAUUAUGCGUAAUUUUAGUACAUUACACGGGUAAACGAUUGAUAACAUUUGUUUCAACAAUUGGAUGUUCGUGUUGUUUUUUAAUUGUUGGAACAUACGCGUACUUUUUGAAAAUCGAUACUGAAUUAAGUGAAACAAUCACACAAUAUAAUUGGAUCCCAACAACACUACUAAUAACAUCCGCUUUCCUAUCACAUAUCGGUAUUCGAUUAUUACCAUGGAUAUUAAUUGGGGAAGUUUUUACGAAUGAAACACGAUCAAAUGCAGCGGGUUUAGCUGGUGGUGCUGGAUAUAUUUUUGGAUUUUUAUCAAAUAAAACUUUUUUCUCAAUGAUUAAUUUACUAACAUGGCCUGGUGUAUUUUGGUUUUAUGGUUUAUUUGGUUUGAUUGGUACAAUUUUACUGUAUUUUAUUUUACCAGAAACAGAGGGGAAACCAUUGGGUGAAAUUGAAUUACAUUUUGCUGGUGUAAAAAAAUUACGUAAUAGUGUGAGACGUAAGAGAAAAAAUGAAACGAGUAUAACUAAUUUACAGGGUACAAAAGGUAUUACUGGUAUACCGGAUAAAGUGAUUUUAGAAUCAGAGACUGUUGAUUCGAAAUUAUAAUAAUUUUUGUUUUUGUAUAAAUAGUAUCAGAAUUAUUUUUCUAAAAUAGAGAAGUUGCAUUAAUUUUUUUUUAUGUGUAACCGCUUCCGCUUGGAAACAGACAUGUGUAUACGGAAAUAGAAACGGACAUGUGUAAACGAAACGGAUACGUCCAAGCGCGAAGAGCUUGCUAUUUAAAUUAUAUUUAAGUACAACAUCUUGUUGUUUUUAUGGUACAACAGCCUGUGUGUGACGACUGAUUUUGAAAUGAUCAGGACGUACUGCCGACCAGGAUAGUGUAUUCGUGUGUGUGUAUGUACUGCCAAAGCAAAUUUAUGAAAUAGGGACUACUAUUGAGUAUAUACAGAAUGUUCGAUUUACAUCUAGGCAUAUAAAUAUCACUAGUAUGACAGAGUACAUGCGUUAAGUAUUGCAUCUAA